CAGAUCGCCUCAGAGAUGAUGGAUUGGGAUCCUGACUCCGGAAUGCCUGGUAGACGGUGCUUCAUGAAGGAGGUUAAGGAACACCCAUACGUCUUGGAAUGUGAAGCCGCUAAGCCACUGAUCGUUGACACCUUUAAAUUUAUGUACGACCUGGACUUUUUGAAUCCUCAGGCAGACGAGCUUACCACUCCACCGCUGGCAAUGCCAAGGCUACCGCACGAAGUCAUCUUUGCGAUAGGCGGCUGGAGCGGUGGCACCUCUAAAGGUUGCAUCGAGACUUAUGACACGAGGGCAGACAGAUGGGUAACUAUUAACGCAGAGGAUCCUGCUGGUCCCCGAGCGUAUCAUGGACACUUGGAGCUAUGCCUACUGCCGGUGAGUACACGGGACAACAUUGUGUGUUAGAGACAGCCGCUCCUG